AGUCUCAUCCUAAAUCAAGGAAAUGCGCAUCCCACUCUCAGCAAAUUCUACAUCCAUGAUCUAUCACCGACGAGCCUUUUUGUAUUCGGAUAACUUGAGUAGUUUAUGCCCUUUACCGUACUUGCAGCUUACUAUAUAGCCUGCAUACUCCACUUCUCCACGAAUCCUCAACCGUUUAAAGGCCAUCCGUGUAUCUAAUCACAUUAUUUUACAACAGAGGUCUUAUAAAUAUUUAAGUGUAUUCACGGCUCAACUCUUUUUCUAUCUUCUUCAAUAUUACUAUCAUGGGGGACGACAAAUAUAAUAGAAAUGACUUAGUGAAUCGGACAUUACCUCAGAUGCAGCUAGCAAAUGGCUUGAGCAACUCAGCUCCUCCCUCAUUUGAUGCUGAAAAGCAUUCAUCAAGCUUGAAUCCAGCUAUCAACAGAUUUGCAGUCAAAGGAAAUGCGAUAUUCACAGGAGGAGCAGGCACUUUAGCUUUACAAGGAGCUCGUGCGCUUCUCGAACACGGCCUUAGUGGAUUAGCCCUAUAUGACAUCAAUCCAAAAGACGAUCAUCCUGGCAUAUGCGCCUUGAAGGCAGACUUUCCUAGUGCCAAGAUCCUAUUGAAACAAGUCGAUGUCACAAACGUGGAAAAUCUGGAUCAAGCUAUUCAUGAGACAAUAUCGGCUUUGGGAAGUAUUGAUGUACUGUGUUGCUACGCGGGCGUUGUGGGAUGUGUGCAUGCGCUCGAGAUAAGUGUCGAGGAGUGGAGACGCACUUUGGAGAUCAAUACAACUGGGGCUUUUCUAUGUGCACAAGCUGUUGCUAAGAAAAUGGUUGAUCAAAAAUCCGGUGGUUCGAUUGUGUUCAUUGCAUCGAUAUCUGGUCAUACCGUUAACUAUCCUCAGCCUCAAAUUGCUUACAAUGUCUCCAAAUCUUCUCUACUUCAUAUGAAAUCAUGUCUUGCAGCUGAGUGGUCUCGAUAUGGUAUUCGUACAAAUUCUAUUUCUCCUGGUUACAUGGAUACUAUUCUUAAUGAAGGUGAUGGAUUGGAAGAGGCAAGGAAUAUUUGGACUUCUAGAAAUCCAAUCGGUAGAAUGGGAAAUCCAGAAGAAUUGAGUGGAGCUUUAGUACUAUUAUGUAGUGGAGCGGGAAGUUAUAUUACUGGAGCUGAUUUGAUUGUUGAUGGAGGUCAAACUAUCUUUUGAGCAAUCAAAAAGAUGCUGGAAGGCCACACCGAGGAGGAAGUCUAGCAGCAUGGUCUCCAUCAAGUACGUCACUGAGCAUUCUAUCAGUUCAUCGAAUAUUAUGUUGCCAUUUU